AUGAGCGAGGACCAUAUUCAACUUUCCACCAAUGCUCUUAUGGAUUAUUUUGAUGGUAAUACUCAAAUACAAGCAGUAUUACAAGUUACGAUUAAUACGAUUUCGAAGCUAUACAUUGUAGAUCAAAUAAAACUUUUUCCAUUAUGGAAUCUCAAAGUUGUUGACAAUUCACAUGCUGAUGAAGAUAGUUCACUUUGUUAUCGUAUUACAAUAUCUGAAAGAAUAUUAAGCUAUUCAUGCCGGUCUACCAACGGCAUUGUUCCAAAUAAGACUAGUAUUCAUCAAUAUAGCAAUGCACGUGGUCAAGGUGUAGUAUUUUCAUUUGAUUUAAUGGAUAAUACUGCUAAACUACUAGUCACUGCGUUCAACAACGAAUACAACAAGUUGCAUCCUACUAUUCAUAAUGGACAGAUGUAUAUUCUUGCUAAAGACAUUGUAAAACCUGUCACUCGACAAUACAAUAAGUUAUCAUGGAACUAUGAAAUAAUCGUUACUCAAGAAACAAGUAUCAAUCAUAGUGCUACUGAAAAUCAUAUUAAUUCUUCAACUUCUCGACGUAAUUUUCUUCGACUCUGUUAUAUUUCGAAUCAACAUACUGACGCUGUUAUUGAUAAUCUUUAUUUUCAAUUUAUCAUAAUCUCUUAA